GGACACGCAAUCCGCGUGUGAACCUGCGUUGGGGCAGUUCCCGUAGCUCGUACUCGUCUGGUUAUCCGGCCGUAGCGGACAGCUGAGGAGAGCUCACCGUAUUUCGGAAAACAUGGCGAAACCCGAGUCACUGGGAGAAAAUGCCACGUCGAGCACUUCGAGGCAAUCGCAGCAGUGCGUUGUCUACUUGUGCCAUGCACCGAUUCAAAACGCGAAUUCCGCUGGCGUGAGCCUGCUGUCGUCGUUCGCUUCAGCAUCGCAGCGGGUAUGCGGCGAUUCGUGGGAGAAGCACUGGCUGGUGGUCUUCGACUACGGCGAAGACGUGGUGCUCGUCUGCGAUGCGGACAUGGACCACUCGGGGGCACUGACGGGGCGCAAGUAUUGGAAGAAGCGGACGGCGGUCUUCAAUGGGUCGUACUCGUACAAGAAACGCCUGGGAAAGCACACUAUUCCGAAGGCACGCGUCGAGGAGGCCAUGCUCGAGAUGUGCGACUCGGGCCAGUACCACUUGACGAGGAACAACUGCCAAAAGUGGGCCAAAGAGCUCCUGCGACGGCUCGGAGUGGUGGUGCCUCCGGACGAGCCGGACGCGCAGACCGUGGUCGAGGGUGUCGUCCAGCCGGUCGUCAGCGGCGGCGUACUGCUCGCAGCCUUUGCUGUGGUGAAGUUCAUCUUGUUCUGGGGACGCAUUUAGGACCAACCAAAACUACUACAGGCACGGUGACGAGUUCUUUCACGGCGUGUUAGCGUUUCACAGCGCAUCAAACUAGUAUACUGUAGCAAAAAAAAAAUCGCAGGGUCAGGUACGCAUUCGCCGAAGACAAGAUGAUGGCGAAGAUCAUUAUUAGAUGCGAAGCGUCUUAUUAGCCAACUUGAUGCGAUGGCGUCUCCGCGCCACUACGCAUGCGCGUCCCCUCCCUUUUUCUCCUCUCCUACGCUCCCUUUUUCUCGCUUCGCAACGCCGAAGCAGGCAACGCCUGCCAACAAGUUUUUAAUAAAAAAUGGUCUGCUAGCGCUGCACAAUCG